AUGUCUGCCUUCGGUUGGGAGCGUUUAUUGACACUGCAAAAAGAAAAAACGCACUCAAAACAACAACAAAAACAACUACAACAUAAUAAAGAGCAGCAACAACAGCAACAACAACAAUUCUACCAACAAUUUUCCUUUAAUGGAACAAGCAACAACAACAACGACAAUAAUGAUAACAUAGACACUAAUAAUCUGAGCAUCCAAUCAUUGCACAGCGUCAACAACAAUGAUGAUUCCGAUAACAACAACAUCAACAACACUUCCGACAACAAUUCAGGCAGUUUUUCAAAACGUCAACAACAACAACAACAGCAACAGUAUGAGCAGUUUCUAAUUGGUAGAAUUAAAGUGAGAUUAAUAAAUUUAUUCAGGAGAUGCGUUGAUGUUCAACAAACCUCGACAAAGUCAACAACAACAAAAUGUUUUGCACUCAUUCGCUACAACAACAACCUCAACAACAACAGCAGCAACAACAACAACAACAAUUUUAAUGUCAUAAGCGACGAAGACGACGAGAACGCUGCCACACCACUAACACGCUCGCAGCAGCAACGCUACUCUCUGCAACAACAACAACAACAACAAAAAGACGCACACGUACACCAAGCAAACAUUAAACAAUCGUCAUCAACAUCGUCGUCGUCGUCAUCAUCGGCUUCGUCGUCAUCAACGAUGACACAACAAAACAAACAUAGGACUCCCCGUAGCGAAGUGGUGUCUGUGCAGAUCAACACGACCAUGCCACAAACGCCACCACCACCAGCAGCCACAAAACUGGCGACAGCAACGUCAGCAGCUUCACCUUCAACAACGUCAGAAACGACGAUGACGCCGUCGACCACAACCUCAACAACGACAUACAUCGCCAAUGAGUGA